GUGAUAAUAAGAACAGCAGCCGCUCUCGCUCCAAUGGACGUACCCAGUAUUGAGGAACCACAUAUAUCUCCGUGUUGAUGAACCCGAUUCAGUUUGAGAAGGACGAUGACACCAACUAUCAUAUGGAUCUAAUUGCUGGACUUGCCAACAUGAGGGCAGGGAAUUAUAGCAUUCCAGAAGUAGACAAGCUCAAGGCCAAGUUCAUCGCAGGGAGGAUCAUACCUGCAAUUGCAACAUCAACUGCUAUGGCCACAGGUCUUGUUUGCCUGGAACUGUACAAAGUCCUAAGUGAUGAUCACAAAAUAGAGGACUACAGGAACACCUUUGCAAAUUUAGCACUCCCUCUUUUUUCCAUAGCGGAGCCAGUUCCUCCCAAGGCGAUCAAGCACCAAGACAUGAACUGGACUGUGUGGGACAGGUGGAUUGUGAGAGAUAAUCCAACUUUGAAAGAGCUUCUCCUAUGGCUGAAAAGCAAGGGACUGAGUGCUUCCAUCAUCUCCUACGGCAGUUGCUUGCUCUACAAUAGCAUGCUCCCAAGUCACAAAGACCGGUUGGGCCGGAAGAUGGUGGAUUUAGUUUGGGAAGUGGUGAAAGCAGAAUCGCCUCCGUACAGGCGGCAUUUUGAUAUUGUGGUGUCUUGUGAGGAUGACGAAGACAAUGACGUUGAUAUUCCUCAGAUUUCUGUAUAUUUCAGGUAGCCUGUUUACUCUGAUUAGUAAAAAUAGAUAUCAGGUGAUAUUUAGCUGUAGUCAUUGAUCUUGGCUUUCUGUUGAUUAGUAUAUGGAUUGUGAUCGUUUUCCAUGUCUUGAAUAUAUAAUUGAAAACAACUCUGAAUCACUAUUUCUCUAAUAGGAAGUGGAUACGUGAUAAACCUGUACUAAGUACUCCCUACACGCCCCCAAUGGCUGUCUCU